CAGCCGAUCAAGGUGACGGAGUGGCAGCAGACCUACACCUACGACUCGGGCAUCCACUCCGGCGUCAACACCCAGGUGCCCUCCGUCAGCAGCAAGUGCCUCGGGGACGAUGACGAGGUCUACGGGAAGCAGUACACCAUCAAGAAGACGACCACCACAAGUUACUGCCAGGGAGGCAGCCAGGGCCAGAGCCAAGCGCAAGCGGACAUGGAGGCUCAGCUGGCCAUGACCCGGGCCCAGCGCGUCCGGGCUGCCAUGUACCCCGAGACGGUGGAGGACCGCUCCCUGCUCAUCACCACCCAGCUGGAGGGGCAGCAGACCAACGUGCAGCGCCUGGCAGAGCCCUCGCAGAUGCUGAAAUCGGCCAUCGUGCACCUCAUCAACUACCAGGACGACGCCGAGCUGGCCACCCGCGCCAUCCCGGAGCUCACCAAGCUGCUCAAUGACGAGGACCCGCUGAUUAUUUUGGCCAACGGAGGACCCCAGGCCCUGGUGCAGAUCAUGCGCAGCUACAACUACGAGAAGCUGCUCUGGACCACGAGCCGGGUGCUCAAGGUGCUGUCGGUGUGUCCCAGCAACAAGCCCGCUAUCGUUGAGGCUGGCGGCAUGCAGGCCCUGGGCAAGCACCUGACCAGCUCCAGCCCCAGGCUGGUCCAGAACUGCCUCUGGACCCUGCGAAACCUCUCUGAUGUGGCCACCAAACAGGAGGGCCUGGAUGGCGUCCUCAAAAUCCUGGUGAACCAGCUGAGCUCCGACGACGUGAACGUGCUGACCUGUGCCACCGGCACCCUCUCCAACCUGACCUGCAACAACAGCAAGAACAAGACCCUGGUGACGCAGUCGAAUGGGGUGGAGGCGCUGAUCCACACCAUCCUGCGGGCAGGCGACAAGGAGGACAUCACCGAGCCGGCUGUCUGCGCUCUCCGGCACCUCACCAGCCGGCAUCCCGAGGCCGAGAUGGCGCAGAACUCGGUGCGGCUCAACUACGGCAUCCCCGCUAUCGUCAAGCUCCUCAACCAGCCCAACCAGUGGCCACUGGUCAAGGGAAGGGGAUGGGGCAGGGAAAGACUAGAACUCUUCCGAAUCUCGGAGGACAAGAACCCCGACUACAGGAAGCGUGUCUCCGUGGAGCUCACCAACUCCCUCUUCAAGCACGACCCGGCAGCCUGGGAGGCGGCUCAGAGCAUGAUCCCCAUCAACGAGCCCUACGCAGAUGACCUGGACCCCGGCUACCGCCCCAUGUACUCGGGUGACAUCCCCCUGGACCCCAUCGACAUGCACAUGGACAUGGACGGGGACUACCCGCCUGGGCUCUGGUCUCCUCCGGUUUCCCCCCUGGGUGGAGUGACGGGAGCUCUCUCCUGCCGCACGCAG